AUGCCCGACUCGUCCUCUAAUCUUUCCUCGCCGCCCGCGAACCCUGACCUCGCCGUUUUGGUUGACCGUGUCUUCCGUGAAGUGUUCACUCAGCUCGGCGAAAUCAAAACUCAGCUCGACACAAUGAACGGCCGACUUGAUACUCUUGAGGUCACUGUUCGCGAGCAUGGCCAGCACUCGGCCCGUAUUGAUCGACGUCUUACUAGCGCGAUCUCUAGAACAACCAAUUUCCGUGCUAGACUCCUCAACAGCGGAGCUUGUGAGCCUACUUCGGUUCUCACCUCUCUGGUCAAUCCAGUGACUGGCGAGAACAUCCCCGAUUUCCCCCGCACCUAUGGCGAGGUCCAGCGACUUAACGGUCGUGAGCUUGGUGCCCUUCUGCGGGCCCUCAACCUGCGCGGUGCUAGAAACGCUGAGCAGAAGCGAGGUGACUUCUUGCGCGCGAUUGGCGCUACGGACCGGGUUACGCGCCGUUAG